AUGCUAACCUACACUAUUAAAAGUCCCGGUGUAGAUUCAAGAAUCUACCUCUGGAAGAAUCUACCUCCGGAAUCCGGGGGUCAGAUUACACCUGGCACGCUCCUGGUGAUCCACCGAGAUUUGGCUGCCAGGAACAUCCUACUAUCUGAAGGGCUGGCAGCUAAGGUUUCAGACUUUGGACUGUCCAGAGGGGAGGAUAUCUACGUCCAAACAUCAAAGAGACGAGUUCCAGUCCGCUGGUUGGCUAUUGAGUCAAUCAGGUAUAAGAGGUACACGACAAAGAGUGAUGUGUGGUCUUUUGGCAUCCUCUUGUGGGAAAUAACCACAAUAGGGGGAACCCCCUACCCGACCACCAAGAGCGAGUCACUGGCCAGGAAGCUGAAGAGAGGAUACCGUAUGCCCAAGCCAAGCAACUGUGACGACAAAAGUUACGCCCUGAUGCGUAAGUGCUGGGAAGAGGAUCCGAACAACAGACCAAGUUUCUCUGAACUGGUCUCUACCCUAAGUGGCACGGAUGACAGUAAAAUUGAACAUACCUAUUUUUCUUUUGACCGAGUGCGUUACGAGAAUUUGAGUACCAUCCGGCCUGAGUUUGAUGACAACUGAUCAAUCGACAUCAGCGUUCGUUCAACUGCGUCAACUGUUUUCCUUUGUCUUAAUAGGCCGUAUUUUUUGACGAUUGCGGCGCCAUGUUGGGGGUACAAAAGACGAGUGAUAUGCAAAAACUGGAGACUGUUAUGUACCCAAUAACCUUAUUACAGCGUGCCAUGGAAUGUCAGUACAAUGCAUGGUAUUUUAAAUAAGCAUAGGCCUAUUAUAUUCGGUCUUACCGCGGGUCAUUUUAGUGUAUUAGUAUAGACAUAUCUAUAACGAACUUAUGUUUGUUAUUCAAGAUUUUUAAUACAUUUUUGGAGAAUCACUUUAUUGAACUUGGACCUUGCCACUUAUUUUUUUCCCUUAACAUUUCU